AUGGAUGUAGAGCUCUACGUUUAUGACCUGUCGCAGUACUCCCUGGCAUUGACAGGGACACAAAUAGAUGCCAUCUACCACACCUCGAUCGUAUUGAACGGUGUCGAGUACUAUUUUGGUCAGGGAAUCCAAACCGCCAUCCCAGGCAGCACACAUCAUGGGCAACCUAUGGAGAAGCUGCAUCUUGGCAAGACUGAGCUCCCCAUCGACGUGGUUGAUGAGUAUCUCCAGUCGCUCGCCUCGAUUUACACCCCAGAAUCGUAUGACCUCUUCCUGCACAACUGCAACAACUUCACGCAGGAUCUUGCCAUGUUUCUGGUCGGCCAGAGCAUCCCCGAGCACAUCCAGAACCUGCCGCAGACCUUCCUGAGCACCCCCUUUGGGCAGAUGAUGAAGCCGCAGCUCGACCAGGCUCUGCGCGGUGUGACGCAGGCUGCAGCACCUGCGGCGCAACCACUAGCCAGGGCACCAGUCACGGCUGCAGCGCGCACGCCAGUCAGCCCCGGCAAGGUGCGCCUGGUCAGCAACCUCAGCCAGCUCGAGGACCAGCUUGCUUCAGCAACCAGCUCCUGCGCGGUCAUCUUCUUCACCUCCGCGACCUGUCCCCCAUGCAAGGCGGUCUACCCAACCUACGACGAGCUCGCAGAGGAAGUCGGCGACAAUGCGGUUCUCAUCAAGAUCGACAUCAGCACCGCCUACGACGCGAGCAGCAAGUACGAUGUGCGCGCCACCCCCACCUUCAUGACGUUCCUCAAGGGCGCCAAACUCGACGAAUGGACCGGCGCCGAUCCGGCCAAACUGCGCGGCAACGUCCGUCUCCUCGUUGAAAUGGCGCACCCUACCCACCCGCACCGCCAGCUCCCGCUCCCCGGCUUCCAGCGCACCCUCACCUCCUUCGUCACGUACAAGAAACUGCCGCCGCUGGGCAAGCUGACCCAGAAACUGCGUCCGCACGACCAGGACCCGCGCCUCACUCCGAUCCUCGACUUCAUCACCGCGCGCUUCUUCACAUCUCCCACCCCAGCAGCAGACACCCCACUCCCCAGCACCCUUCCCUCCUUCCCAGCCUACCUCGCCUCUACCCUCCCCUCCCUACCCGCCGAAAACCGCUUCGCCCUCAUCGACCUCACCCGCCUCCUCCUCCUGGACCCGCGCGCCUCCAGCUUCUUCGCCGAGCCCCCACACCAAACCCCCCUGCUACACACCAUCCUCGCCUCCCCGCUCUCCUCCCCCUACAACACACGCAUCACAACCCUCCACCUCCUUUGCAACCUCUCCCAAAACCCGCACCACCACCCCUUCCUCCUCUCCGACCCGCAAACCGUCCACCACACCACCGCCGCCCUCCUCGACCCAAACCGCACCCUCCGCACCGUCGCCGCGUCCCUCGCGCACAACCUCGCCGCGGCAAACCACAACGCGCGCUUCGCCGCCGGAGGCGCACCGGAUCAGGAUCCCCUCCCUGAGGAGGCGCAGGUCGAGCUCACGGCCUCGCUGGUCGAGGCGAUCGCGCGCGAGGAAGGGAGUCCCGACUCGCUGCGCGGGAUGUUGCUUGCGCUAGGUCUGUUGGCGUACGAGGCGCCGGUUGAGGGGGCGGUGCUGGAUCUGUGUCGGGCGAUGGGGGUGGCGGAGACGGUGAGGGCGAAGGCAAAGGCGAAGGGGAAGACGAAGGAGGAGGUGGGGUUGAUCGAGGAGGUUGGGGUGUUAUUGGAAAGGGGGUUGUAG